GAACGCUUAUCCGAGACGGCGACAGACUCUCGUUCUCGUUCUGUCGAUAUAAAUAAACUCGCACGUGAACGUCCAAAGUCCGAUCCACGGAACCCCACAAGCACGCACAUCCCGCUGCCUUGCAAGUAUGGACCCCGGCCAACACGACGAUCGCCAUGUGGUGGACAUCCAAUUCGGACGCACCGCCGAACCCACGAGCUACUGCGCGGUAUGCAAGCAGCCGCUGGUGUCGGUGACGGCCGUGGCGUGUUCCAGUUCCACAUGCAUGGUCCGUGUGGGCGUAUGUGGAACACAUUGCCCACCGGUCGUCGUCAAGGAGCCCCACGGCAGGCACGGCGGCGGCGAUCCGAUCGUGGACCAGGAAGGCGGCGGCACGGCCGGCGAUCACGGGUUGCCGCCGCCCGCCUCCAAGGAGGGCGGUGUGGGCGAGCAGUGGUAUCACGGGGACACGGCGCUGCACGUCCAUGACGAGCAGGAACGCCAAGAGGAGAAGAAAGCACGGCCGCGUUAUGUUCUAAAGGGACGCAUAAGUCGAAUGCAAUAUGAGAUUAUAAUUUUUUACCAUGUGACACACGUGACUUUUUUUGUUCUAUUUUACGGUCUAAGCAUUUGGUGGGGAACACUUAUCGGCUCUUCUAUUGCUGGUGCAAUGAAGGGCGGCAAGGCAAUGAAAGUACUAGCGUACGCGUUGGGCAUGUAUAUACCAAUUUCGGCAGUAAGUGUAUGCUGGUGUCCUUUCGCGUGUUUUGGUAUUGUGCUCUAAAAUUCUUAGAAAUUGUUGGUGAUGUUAGUUCCCAUCUGUUGACAGUAUGUUUUCGAAUUCUAUUUCAAAAUAGAAGUUUGUGGAUUUAAAUUUCAA